AUGCCAGAUCCAUUAUCUGUCUAUGUACCAUUGGAUUCUCUAACCGAGGAAACAAUUGAUUCUAUUAUUUUGACUAUUCAACAAUCUGAUAAAAGAGAUUGGGCCUUCAGUAAACGUACUUUACUUGCUUUUUUGCUUGCAAUCAACAAUAAAGUGAACGAAAUUGAAAACAAUGAAUCAAACAAUAAAUUCGAUGAACAAACUCUACAACAUGUUGCAAAAGUUCGGCAAUGGCUCGUACAGAAAGAUCGUUUUGGCAAAAGAGAGCAACUUAAUUGGAAUAAACUUCGUAAAACUUAUGAUCAGAUGAUAAAAGAAAAAGAGGAUGGCACAGCUAAGCAUUUUGCUGUCAAAAACAUUGAACCUUACUAUGAGUUAACUAUUGAAGGGUUACAUCCUGAUAUAAAUCAAUCUCGUGAAUAUAUGUCCCGUUUUCGCAGUCAUGGUUGGGAACCUAAAGAAUUAAAAAUCUAUUGGAAUUUGCAACAACUUGAAAACCUUUGUCCGAAACAUGAAACAAAAGCUAAGCAAGUAGAAGAAAAAGAUAAACAAAACAAUGAUGUCAAUAAUCAAACGAAACUUGAAAAAAACGAAGAAACAAAAGCCGAAGUAAAAAAUGAAAAUACCAAUGAAAUAAACGACCAAAUGAAAGAAGAACCCAAAGAAGAAGUAAAAUGUGAAACAAUAGCUGAAUUAAAAGAUGAUAACCUACCACCACAUGACCCAUCUGAUGCUGAUGUCGUAAAAGCUCUACGUGAGCAUCCUGUAUCAAAACGAAAUAAUGCCGGACAGAUUAAUUAUAUCAACAAAGGUAUUGAAAAGGCUGUUUUCGAUAUACCUGAAGAUGCUCAAAUAAUUGUUCUUAAUUUUGCUAAUGAACGAUCUCAUGGUGGUGGAUAUUUAAGACAUGCCUGGGCACAAGAAGAAAUUAUACUUUACAAUUCGGAUGGCUAUCGAUCAUUGCUUGAUCUAAAAUACGGUCGCAUGGGUGGAGGCUAUGCUAUACCUGAAUUUGGGCUUGCAUAUGUUCGUGAUAUAUGUUUUUUUGAUAAAGAAACAGGCAAGAAUCGCAAAACCGAUAUGCUAGUUUCUGCUUGUUAUUGUCUUACUGGUUCACCACAACUUUAUGAUAAUCCAAAGACGGACGAAGAGUGGGAAAGAAAAACUUUGGCUAAAUUUAAUGCAUUCAUGGCUGCAGCUGUUGCUAAUACAAAAGAUGAUGGAUCAAAUACUUAUCUUUUACUUGGACCAAUAGGUACGGGUGCUUUUGGAAAUGAUGUCAUUAAAAUUGGAAAAAUUUUUCGGAAAGUACUUACGUCAAAGUUGAUGGGUUCAAAUGGUCCUGUUACCAAAGCUUUCGAGAAUAUUUGGUUUGUUUCGACAGAUGAAUGGAAAAAUGAUGAGUUCGAAAAGAUCAUGCGUUCUAUUUAA